AUGAAUCAGCAGGCUUAUGCGGUUCUCAUUGUUUCUGGUGUCUGUAUAACGGCGAUAAGCUCGUCGUUGGUGGCCAUCUUCUACGACCCCUUGAGCUCCGACCACGUCAUGGGCUGUCGAACGGUGCAGCACCUCAUGCCGCAGGCGGAGCUUCGCCUGGUGGCGCCGGUGCUCAACGAGGAGCCCGUCCCGCACAUUCUCAACCUCCUGGAGGCGUCCUCCGCCGACGAGCAGACCCCCAUCUGCGUCUACGUCCUCCACCUCGUGGAGCUCAUGGGCCGGGCCACCUCCACCAUCAUCGCUCACAAGAACCGCAAGGGGCAGCUGGACGCGCACCAGAUGGACCGCCUCCACAACGUCUUCAUCAACUACGAGCAGACGAAGAAGGGGAUCGUCGCCGUCCAGCCGUUCACCGCGGUCUCCCCCUACAAGAGCAUGCAGCACGACAUCUGCUCGCUCUCCGUGGAAAAGAACGUUCACUUCGUUGUUGUCCCGUAUCCGAGGAAGGAGUUGGGGGCCAAUGCGGAACUCUAUCAAGCCACUCGCAGCAUCAUCUCCAAUGUCCUCACUCAGGCUCCCUGCUCCGUCGGCAUCCUCGUCCACCACGCCCUCGCCGGCUUCGGGCAAAUCGUGCCGGGGCAGUUCCAGUACCACGUCAAGAUCCUGUUCUGGGGCGGCGCCGACGACCGGGAAGCUCUGUCGUGCGGCGCGCGCAUGGCACUGCACGCCGGCGUCAGCGUCGACGUCACCCGGGUCCUCCCGCCGACGGAGCGCAACAGAGACAAGGACGUCAUCUGCGACGAGGAGCUCCUCCGGGAGUUCCAGAUCAACAACGCCGACAAUGAGCGGGUGGCGAUCGAGGAGGUGGUGGUGAGCAACGUGGAAGAGACCAUCGGCCUCAUCAAGUCCAUCGAUAAGGCGUACGACCUCGUGCUGGUGGGGCGGCGGCAGGGGUCUAGUUCGUGGUUGGGUGAAGUAAUGGACGAGUGGAUCGAGUCGCCGGAGCUGGGGAUGGUGGGGGAUAUGUUAGCUUCCUCGGAAUUCACCGAUUCCUGCUUCUCCGUUCUUGUAGUCCAACAAUAUGUUUGACGGAAAACAAGC